AUGUCUCUUCUUCUUUUUUCUUUGCUGGAAUCUGAUCGUUGCUUUUCUUGUGGCAGCAUUAAUAAGCGUAAAAAAGAAUCAAAAGAUUUUCAAAUUGUCAACGGUCUUUUCAUUUAUCUUGCAUUUCAUCCUUCAUCUACAGUCGACGAUUCUAAGAGACUCCGUGCCCUCGUCAAUGCUAAGUUGAUCGAGGGUGAUGUCUCAGCUGCAGUUAGAGUAUUGGCCUCAUCCGAUACUAUACUAGCUACUACACCAGAAGUUCUCACAGCUCUCCGUCGGAAACAUCCUGCGCCACCAUCAGAUGUCAGAUUUGUUCAGAUGGAAAACAAUGAUUCAAAUAUUGAAAUCUCAAAGGAAGCAAUGGUUGCCGCUCUGAAGUCUUUCUCGGGAAGCAGCAGUGGAGGUGUGGACGGCCUUCGACCUGGUCACAUCAAGGACUUAAUUUCUGCCCACACUGCCGAAGCUGAUACCCCAACAUGCUCGCGACUUAAUAUUUUCAGCCAACUUAACGGCUUUAAAAAAAAAGACGGAGGUAUCCGCCCUAUCGCUGUUGGUAACAUUUUUCGUCGUCUCGCGGCAAAAAUUGCUUGUAGAGUUGUUGUGAAGGAGAUAGGGCAUGAAUUGCGACCUGUCCAGCUCGGGGUAGGCAUACAGGGCGGAUGUGAAGCCGCGGUUCAUGCCACAAGAUCAUUUUUCGAGAAUACAUCACCUGUUUCCCCCCGUAUCUUAUUAAAAUUGGAUAUGAAAAACGCUUUCAAUAGCAUCAGAAGGGAUCAUACCCUGGAAGUUUGCCAUCAACGGACUCCUUCCAUAUUUAAACUGGCUCAUCUUUCGUAUAGUCAUCCAAGUAUGUUGAUCGCCUCCGAUAAUAUUAUCUCUUCUGCUACUGGAAUCCAGCAAGGUGAUCCACUUGGUCCGCUACUAUUUGCGAUGGCUGUUGACGGGGUAGCUCGUUCCAUCGCCUCUCCUUUCAAUAUAUGGUAUCUUGACGAUGCAACGUUGGGAGGAUCCAUCGAGGCCGUAGCUGCUGACCUCCGACGAGUUAUUCCUGCUUUAUCUCUGCUUGGACUUGAGAUUAACUCGUCCAAGUCAGAGAUAAUAAACUUGAAUUAUAGUGCAGAUGAUUUCGAGAGUGCUAUCCGGGAUAUCAGACUCAUCCUUGAGGAUAUAAAAAUAACACCUAAGGAGGAAUUACAUAUUCUUGGUUCUCCAGUCUUUCCAAUGGCCAUUCGAGAGUGUUUGGAUACUAAGCAUGUCAUUCUAACAAGAAUGACUGAGAAAUUGCAAUUAAUUGAUGCACACCAGCCCUCUUCCUCUUGA